CCAUGGACUCCACCCCCGCCAGGCACAACUCCUUCGCCUCGCAGCGCCCGACCUUUCCCGCUGUCGCCUCCGCUUCCUCCUCCACCACCUCCUCCGCCAGCCAGUCCUCCAGCAGCCUCUCCACCCUCUCCUCCUCCGUCUCCUCCACCAACGCCUUCCCCGCGCCGCAUCACAUCCCGCAACACCCCGGCUCACUGCACCCUUCCGCCGCCAUGAACCUGCCCCCGCAGCAGCAACAGCAACAGCAACGGCAGCAGCAGCAGCAACAAUAUCAACUACAACAACAACAACAACAACUCGGCCAACAGCCGCAGGCACAGCCCCACAUGCAAAGCUACGACUACAGACCGAACCGCGAGGGCGCGGGCAGCACGGCACCCGAGACCAUGUCGUUACUGAAAGACUACAACCUGGUCGCCGAGGCGGCGAAACGAGCACAAAUGGCGGUGCUGAUGCGCGAUCUCGAGGGAGUGGAGCUGUAGGGCGGGCGAGUGGUGUGAUCGCUACUUGGAUAAAUUGACAAAAACUCACCCCCGACCGAGGCGGGAGCGACCGGUUGACUUGGUGGGCUGAUUGAUUGCCCGUCCCGGUUUUCCGAGGCGUGUGAGGAAUGCAGCAGGGCGGCUCCUGGACGCAUCCAGCAAAAACUUUUUACGGACUUAUACACAUUUCUGCCUGAGCGGGGCGCGGGCGCGGG